AGAACAAUUCAGCAGUGAUAAUUCAGUUCACGGACAACUCAGUUCAGUAGUGUAUAUUGUCCAAACAGCGAGGAAGAAGGAGCACAGGUCAAUGGCAGAAAGAUAGGCGCAUGAGAGUGACCGAUGGACCACGCGAGACGCAAACCGUGUCAACAGAGCUGCGUGCGUGGCACGCGUCUCUUCGCUCUCGCCUUUGCGGAAGGUUCGCGCCUCGGGUCCUAUCGCAAACUGGAGCCAACCCUUCACCACGCCACGUACGCCGCCCCCGCCAACACUGCCACGAGUUGAACUGCCUGUAGCGCCGGCUACUAUCACCGUUCGCUCGCAUUCCUCGACUGGCUUCGUGUACAAUCGAACGACCGCGAUCGACGAGAACGCCGAGUCGGCAAAAAAAAGCGUAAUAGGUGCAGCGUGUAGAGGCUCACUUAGAAAGCUGAGCCACCCCUUUACGAGUUACUCCGUCAGAUGCUGUCGACCGAGCGUGUUGUGGUGUUCGGCGUUCUUCCCGCUCGUUGUUCGGUGUGUUUUGGUUUCGUGUACGUCGUGUUGCUGUUUUCCACGUGUAUGUAUCGCAGAUAGCCAAAGCCGAUUAGCGUCUAGUAGUAGUACGUGAAACCAAUUGCCCGCCAGCACAUAAUAUAUCCUAUAUAAAGUCUGAGCAAUCGCUCUUCGGGCUAGCAGUACUGACUGGCUUUGAUAGUUUCGUAGAAUUGCAUACGUGUGAGAAGGUACUACUCGUUGUUUCCUGUGCUGUGCUCCAGACCUCCGAAGCCCAGACGCGUGAUGUACAUCGGUGGUGUGGAAGGCGGUGCGACACAGUCGACGUUAGUGAUCUGCGAUGCGUCGGGUAAGAUUAUCGGCAGAGCCAUGGGUCCCAGCACAAAUCACUGGGCAGUUGGAAUACCGGGUGUGGCCGAACGCAUAGCGGCAAUGGCACGGGCCGCGAAGGUGGAGGCAAAGUUACCGGAGGAUCAGCUGCUGACCGCAAUCGGACUGUGUUUAAGCGGCGCUGAGACGGAGGAAAUGAACCGUGAGUUAGAACAGUACCUCCGGGUGCACUAUCCGUCCGUUGCCGAGCAGUACGUUGUAUGCAGCGACACAAUUGGCAGUAUUCAGGCUGUUUCGAGGCUCGGUGGAAUGGUGAUCAUUGCCGGUACCGGCUCCAACACGUUGCUGCGUAAUCCAGAUGGCAGCACGCACGGGUGCGGAGGAUGGGGCCAUAUGAUAGGUGACGAAGGUGGUGCCUGGUGGAUUUCACGGAAUGCCGUCAAAACCGUAUUCGACGAUAGAGACAAUCUGCGCCCGAGCAAGAUGCCCGUCGAUCGCGUGUGGAAGUUGAUUCAGCAGCAUUUUGGUGUCCGAACGAUGCAUGAUUUGCUCGAGCACUGCUACGGGGGUUUCUGCAAAACCGCAUACGCUGGUCUCUGCGCAAAGUUAGCGCGAUGCGCCUUCGAGGAAGCGGAUCCGUUAUGCCGAGCCCUUUUCAACGAGGCUGGCCGCACUCUUGCCCGUUCGGUGUGUGCCCUCCAGCCAAAGAUUUCACCAGAAUUGCUCGGUCACACCGAUGAGCUCGCCAUCGUGUGCGUCGGUUCCGUCUGGCUCAGCUGGGAACUGCUGUGUGAAGGAUUCGUACACGAACUGAACACACGAUGCUUUCCAUACAAUCUACGCCUGUUGCGUCUCAAAACGACGAUGGCGCUUGGAGCAGCAUACCUUGCGGCCGACACGUACAAUCUGGUGCUACCACGUGAUUACACUGACAAUUAUGACGUAUUCUAUACGUACCGUGCGGUUACCAAUGGGAACGGCACCAAUGUCGAGGGCGCUUUCUCUAUCGAUCACGCUACCAAUGGCCGGAACUAGCCUCGCCACUUAGUUACACUUUAAUUCCGUAAUACGAACGAGAAAAGGAGAAAGGAAAAAUCAAUGUUACAAAUGAGAUUGGAAGCAUGCAUUCAACCAUCGGGCCGUUAUCCCGAGGAAGCACUGCACUCAAAAAUGAACGCGAUAGAAAACGUAAGACAUAUUACACUAUUGAUCGCACUCACUGAUAUUCUAUUGGUUUUUGUUAAUCUUAGAGGAACGCACUGAGCCGUAGUUACAACUAUUCUGGUAGCCCUAUGUCAUUCAAACUAUUGAUCUGUCCGCAAUGUGAGAGGCAAAGUGUUGUUGAGUCUUAUUAGGAAAAACUAGUUUGUAGUUGUUUGUAUAAUAUAGAAACAGUAGAGAUUAUAGUAGAAACGAAAUCCCGGGUUUUGUUUAUUGAAAAUGCGUUUAGUCAUUACUCACAGAAUCAACGAAAUUCAGGUUUGAGUGGUGCCUCAAAAUACGUUACAUUCCAUUACGCAUAACCAGAUUCACCUAUUUACAAAAGCUUUCUUACAAACAUGUUUUGUGCGAUGUUUUUUUGUUGCUCUGGCAGGUAAGGCGUCCACCUUUAUGUACUUGUAUCCUAGCUAUCGAUCCGUUCGUUACCCUACGGUCGUACAUUAGCAAACGCGCAGCGCUUUAGGUUGAUUCAAUUUGUCUAAGCAGCUUUACAAUUCAGCAUUAACGGCAGCAGAUCCGAAAACAAUGACGAAACUUGCAAAAUACCUUCAAAUAGUGAUGUGAUUUUUUAGAGGGCGAUAUUUGUAUGUGAAUGCGUACUGCUGUACCAUUGAUAGAUCUGCUUACGUUUUUAAAUGAAUGGUUCUUGAAUAAAUCAACUCACAGUGUUUGUUUC